CAACAGGACAGUUUGCCAUCUCUGUGGUGUUUAGGAAGUGAGCCGAUCAUCUUGUUACAUUGUAGAAAUAAUGAAUCGCCUUAGCUUACCAAGCAGCUCAUCAUCAUCGUCAUCUCGGAGGACCUGGAAAUACGAAGUGUUUCUAAGUUUCAGAGGUGAGGAUACUCGCAACAGUUUCACUGGUCAUCUCCAUGCUGCUCUUCAACGAAAAGGUAUAUAUACCUUCAAGGAUGAUAAAAAGCUCCAGCGAGGAAAACGUAUUCGACCCGAACUCCUCAAAGCUAUUGAGCAGUCCAGGAUUUCAAUCGUCGUCUUCUCCAAAAAUUAUGCUGAUUCAUCAUGGUGCUUGGACGAACUGGCAAAGAUCUGUGAGGGAAUCGCAGAACCGGGAUACACUGUUCUUCCAAUUUUCUACGAUGUCGAUCCAUCUGAGGUACGGAAUCAGAGGGGGGAUUUCGAAGAAGCCUUUAAUAAACAUAAGCAAAGCUCAAGUGACAGAGUACAGAGAUGGAAGACAGCUUUGAGACAAGCAGCCGAUCUCUCUGGUUAUGAUGUGAGGAAUAAAUCAGAGUCUGACGUUAUUGAUCAAAUCGUUCUGGAAGUAACCCAUACACUAAAACAUAGAUUCUCAAGUCUGGCAGAGGAUCUAAUUGGGAUGCAAUCUCGUGCAGAAGCUUUUGAAAAGCUUCUAAAUCUAGACUCAUCAGAUGAUCAUGCUCAAUUUGUAGGGAUUCUGGGAAUGCCCGGAGUAGGAAAGACUACUCUUGCUGCUGUUGUAUACGAUAGAAUUUCCCACCAAUUUGAUGCUUGUUGUCUUCUUCUUGAUGUGAGUAAAGUUCACAAGGGUCCUGGUCUUGUCCGUCUACAAAAACAGCUCCUUUGCGAAGCAGUGGGGAAAGAUCAAGAGGUUUGGGAGGAUCACACAGGAACCAAUUUAAUAAGAACUAGGCUUUGUAACUGCAAAACUCUUAUUGUUGUUGAUAAUGUUGAUCAUGAUGAACAAUUGCAGAAAUUGGUUGGAAAGCCUGAGUGGUUUGGUCCUGGGAGUAGAAUCAUCAUAACAACUAGAGAUGAGAAAAUCCUGGAGAGACAUGGAGUGAAAGUGAAUAAAGUUUACAAGGUUGAACUACUGAAUGAUGAAGAAGCUCUUCAACUUCUUUGUAGAAGAGCCUUUAAAAGUGAUGAUCCUGAAGAUGAAUUUGAAGAGUUGACUCAUAAUCUUCUACAAUAUUCUAAGGCCCUUCCAUUGGCAAUCAAAGUGCUAGGUUCCUCUUUGUUUAAGAGGCAACAAUCAGAGUGGCGAGCACAGUUGGAUAGAUUGAAAGAAAAUCCCAACCAAGAGGUUAUGGGAGUGCUGGAAACAAGUUUAUUUUUGCUUGAGCAAAGCGACAAGGAUAUAUUUUUGGAUGUUGCUUGUUUCUUCAAGGGAGAAGAUGAGAACUAUGCCAGAAAAAUCCUACACCAUUGUGGAUUUAAUCCUGAGCUUGGAAUUAACAUUCUGUGUGAAAGAUCACUCAUGGUCAUUGUCAAUGAAAGAAUCUGGAUGCAUGAUUUGCUUCAAGAACUGGGAUGGAAGUUUGCAAAGGGAGAAUUUCCUCAAGAGCCAGCAAAGUGGAGCAGACUCUGGUUGUACAAAGAUCUUCAAGCUGUAAAGACAGGAACCGAAAAAGUUGAAGCCAUCGUCUUGAAGGAGGAAGAUAUAGAUCUGAAUGAGAUGCUGCCAUUGAGGGCUGAAGCUUUAUCACAAAUGACUCGCCUCAGACUAAUUAUAUUCCCUCAUGUGAAAUUUUCAGGAAAGCAGCUGAAUAAUCUCUCCAAUGAUUUACGAUUUCUUUCAUGGCAUAAAUUUCCUUUCAGCUAUUUACCAUCAAGUUUUGAGCCAGCUGAACUUGCUGAACUCAUCAUGCCUGAUAGCAAUGCAAGACUAUUGUGGGAAGGCAUAAAGACCAUGCCAAAGUUGAAGAUCAUGGAUCUACGUGGCUCUAAAAACCUAAUCAAGACGCCAAAUCUUAGAGGAGUGAAAAAUCUUGAGAAGCUAGACCUUGAAGGAUGUAGUGGAUUAUUAGAGGUUGACGCAUCCACUGGAGAUCUUCGGAAGCUGACGUCACUGAAUUUGAGAAACUGUGAUCGUCUAAUCAGUAUCCCGAACACCUUAUUUCUUUCAACUUCUCUUGAAACUUUGAAUCUUCCUGGCUGUUUCAAACUUGCUCAACGCUUGAAUUUCCAAGGACCUCGAUAGAACUAAACCCAAAAUGAGCAAAUGAAACAACACCAAAUAAAGUAUCUUUAAUUUGUCAGUUUCUUUUCGUUCUCUCUUUUGUUUUUAUUUUUUCUUUUUUGGGGGCCAUGUUAAAGACAAUGUGUUGUCAUUAUAUGAUAAUUACUUGUAAACUU